AUGGCCGUAUCUCGCAUGACUCUAGCUGACAGAUAUAGCGGGAAGGAUGUGAGGUUACAAACGGGCAGAGAAUAUGGCCAUGCUUUGGUUUUGGCCAACCAGGCAAUUCGGGAUACCCAGGCGGGCAUCCAAGAUGAGACGGUAGUCGCCGUAUGGCUUCUUGGACUCUAUGAGAUGGUAUCCGUUGUCUUGACACAUGGGCGGAUCAGAGUAGGGUCUAUGACGCUGGAGGAGGAAUGGCAGUCACAUCUAUCUCACGUCCGGGGGGCCAUGAAUCUUUUGCGCCUUCGAGGAAUGUCGCAAUUCACGACUGCACGCGGAGAAAAGGUCUUUCGCAUUCUCAAAGCUGCGAUACAAAUGCGGUUGUUCAUCCUGAACUCGGUCACCUCAAAAGACUUCGACGGCCUAGAAAUCGACGUAUAUCAAGACGAGCAUGAGUUCCUGCCGUCGCAAACAGCGAACAGAGCGACGGCAUACUUUCACCGUGUGGCACGACUACUGGAGAAAAUCAAACAUAUACUGGCUGCAAAAUCAAAGCAACGGGCCGAGUCAAUGGCCAGUACUGACAAUCUUCUCGGCUAUGGCGAAACUCUAGACAACGAGAUGCAAGGUUGGAGCAAAGACGAACCUGGAUGGGAUAUGAUGUUGGUGCACGGGAGCAAGGCAGGUACUGUGUGGGCUCUCUAUCCCUCUCACGCGGAGUACCACUUCUACAGCUUCUGGGUCUUCUUGUAUUGGCUCCGCUUCCUCACAGCACGGUUCAAACUAUACGAGGGGCUGACCGAGCUGAUCAAGUUACCGAACGAGGAUCCCGCCACCGGCAGGAGAGCGUCUUCAUCCCUGAGAGCCCAGAGGAUGUCCAAGUACCAGAAUAUCAUUCGCACUACUGCCUCCGAGAUCAUUGGCCUCACGGCGUACGCUCUAGGCGAUGUGACGCCAACUGGCACUUUCACUUUGUCCGUGUCCGCACGCAACCCGUCCAGAGGGUUUCAAGAAAUCAACGUGGUGGCGGCGAUGCAGCUGGUCAUCCCGCUGAAAAUGUUGCAGCGGUCAGAAUACCUUACAGUGACUCAGAAGGGAGCAGUUGACCUUGCCAUUUCCCAUAUUGGUGAUGGCUUUCGAAGACAGCCGCUUGUUUUGAUUUAG